CCCACACUACAGCGCAGUCGUCAGUUUAAUAAAUAAAAUAAAAUUUGCGAGUCGAAGCGAAAGUGUGUUAGUUGAGACGCAGAAAACAAAAAAUGUCGCUAAUUCCAUUUCUGUACGAUAACCGGCCUUUUCACAUGGUUGAUCGUGACUUUAUUAGACCGGACUUCUACCAACCCCUCGAUCUCGUACCCCAGGAGUUCUUUCAUCCUUGGCAUAAUGUUUACCGCCCAUGGGAAAAUAUGAUGCGUCAAAUGGAACAGUUAGCUUCUGGAAUCAAUCAGUUGGCUUUGAAGGAUAAUUCGAAAGUGUCUUCAGACCCUGACAAGUUCCAAGUUAACAUUGAUGUCCAGCAUUUCACUCCAGAAGAAAUCAGCGUGAAAGUUGUCGACGGUUAUGUGACAGUUGUGGGAAAACAUGAAGAGAAGAGAGAUGAGCACGGAUAUAUUUCGAGGCAGUUUGUGAGGAGAUAUGCUUUACCCCAGGGAUGUCUUCCCGAUGUAGUCGAGUCUAAAUUGUCAUCUGACGGCGUCCUGACUAUAACCGCUCCGAAGGUGCUUCCUUUGCCAUCCUCUGGUGAGAAGAUCGUGCCAAUUACUAAAACUGGGCCCAUUAAAACGCAAAUAGGAUCCGGCGCUGAUGCAGUGAAUGAGUGAAUUUAAUUUCUCGAACUACCUCGCUGGUGUUAUUUUUUUUAUUGUGAUAACCACAUUAAGACUGAUGUGUAUGUACCUACCGAAAUAUCGUUUGUAAAUAUUUUUCUUUAAUAUUUUUUUUAUUGAUACUGUUGCGUUAUGUUUCUAUUUAAAUCUUUGAGAUUAUAAACACUAACGUAAUAGCUAAUUGGAAGUAUGUCAAAUAAAACAAAUAAUCAAAGAAAUAA